UUAGAUUGUAAAUGGGCCUCGACAACAAACCCGGGCAUAAAUACAGGUCAGAGAAAGGAAGUAAAAAAAAGUCAUAGAAAGUUUGAAAUUUAUGCUUUUACUGAAACUUAAUCAGUUGUAGAAUUGUUUUGUAUCUACCAGGCUUUUCUGAUGCCUCCUUGCAAGUUUAUUAACAACAAUAUUGCUCUAGUUAUCUCUUCAUUAACUUUUUAGUUCCAUUUAAUAGUGUUUGUGAUUAGUUUUGCAGGUUGAUAAUUAGUUUCAAGAAAAAAAAAGCAGCAACUUACAGUUUCUCUGCUUCAUUGUUGUGUGCAUGAUAUUUGUUCAUUUAUUAUGUCUUCAUGUACAUUGACUAACAGAAUCAGAGCUUUCUAAAGUUUUAUCUUGCAAUAUUUAACUUUUUACAUGAUUUCAUUUUUCAAACAAUUUCUAUGAAAAAAAUGAAUCGAGUAUGAAAAUUUAUUGUUAUCUGUGGACGGACUAGACUGUCGGGGGUUUCAUUUCGAUACAAGACAUUUUUGUCUAGUCAUGUUUACUUCGACUAGUUAAGUCUCAUGUCUGAUUAUAAAAAGAAUCUUUGAUUUAGUCAUCCUGGUUGUUAAACUUCUGCAGACCUUAACAUUCGAUUGUAUUACUUACACUUCAAGAAAGGGCCUUUAGUUAAAGAUAUUGCCUAAUAGAUGCAUUAUCUUCAAGCCCAUAACUUCCACAAAAACAGAAAACACAACGUCUUCAAUAAAUCAGUACACAAGUUCCGAAAGCAUCUUAAAAUCUAAGCCUAGCAAACGAGUAGUAAGAAUGUAAAGAGAGAUCAAUAACGGCUCAUGACACAUUCCUAAUAAUUGUUCUACUAUGACGCAGCUUCAAUCGAUCAAGAUUUGAAUACCUAAUUACACACAAACAAAAGAGAAUUUCCAAAAAUGACCAAAAAAGAAAGUUUCUUUCCUGAUAAUAAUAUGAAAGCUUACAGUACAAAAAGAUAGAUAGAAUGAAAAAAAUGUGGUGUCAUUGACGAGCAGAGUGAUUUGGUCGGGGUCCAUAAAGAUAGAUAUGCUUGUUCCUUUAAUUGUACAUUCUAAUCUAACGUAACUUUUCAUAUUUUUUUUGUGAACCAAACUUUUUCUCUUAAUUCAAGCAAUUUACUUAUGUACAACAUCUAUAUGCUUAUAUUUCUGAAAUAGAUACCAGCAUGUUACAGCAACUGAAAAGUAGUCAUAGAGGAUUAAAAACGAUUAAACCCAUGAAAUGUGUGUUGUGAUGAUGUGAUAAGUUUCCUAUUUAGUAAGUCUAUAUUAUCGCAGUGUUGUGUAUUAGAUAAAUAUGAUAAAUAUACUGUCAUUAAAUGAUCGUUAAGGUCUAUUAUAAUAGUGAAAAUUAUAUACCACCUAUACAUGCAUAUAUAUAGAGAAUAUUUAUGAUACAACAUAGAACAAAGAAGCUAAAAGAGCAAAGAGAGAGAAAGAGAGAUAUUAUUUAUUUAAUUGAAUAAAUAAGUAAGCAAAAUAGUCAAAUGAAAAUGUCUUCGGAAAUAGAUGAUAAUGUUACUCUUAGUACUACUGAUAUGUCAGACGACAUGAACUUUACUACCAUUUAUAAUGAUAUUGUUAGUGAAAGUCUUACAACAACAACAGCAUACAAUCAAACGAUAGAUAUUUCUAGUAAUAAUACAACAUUAAGUGAUGAACCAGAUAUAGCCCUCUAUAGUGUUCUAUGUAUAAAGGGUUUCAUCUUUGGCUCAAUUAUUAUCGGAGCCGUCCUAGGAAAUGCGUUAGUUAUAUUAGCUGUGCGGAGGAAUAGAAAAUUAAGAGUCAUCACAAAUUAUUUUGUUGUUUCCCUUGCUAUGGCUGAUAUGCUAGUUGCUCUAUGCGCAAUGACAUUCAAUGCAUCCGUUGAACUAUCGGGGAAGUGGUUGUUUGGACGAUUCUUGUGUGAUCUUUGGAAUAGUCUGGAUGUUUACUUUUCAACAGCAAGCAUAUUACAUCUAUGCUGUAUUUCAGUAGACAGAUAUUUUGCGAUUUGUAGGCCAUUAGAAUAUCCAUUACUGUUAAACAAGAGAACAGUAUUCUUUAUGUUGGCGAAUGUUUGGUUUCUGCCAGCCCUCAUCUCAUUCACUCCCAUCUUUCUCGGUUGGUAUACAACAGAGGAAAAUUUAGUAUGGUUAAACGAAAAUCCGAAUGAAUGUAUAUUUGUUGUAAACAAAGUUUAUGCCGUCGUGUCAAGUUCAAUAUCAUUUUGGAUCCCAGGAAUUGUGAUGAUUACAAUGUAUUACCGCAUUUUCAAAGAAGCGGUAAGGCAACGUAAAGCACUAAGUCGCACAAGCUCAAACAUUUUACUGAACAGUGUACAUUUACAAAAUCAACCCUACAAUUAUCAGCCGAUCAACAACAGAUUGAAAUUACAAACUCCACGUUUCAGUGAUUGUGAUGAAAACAACUUAACGAUAAAGGAAGCACAACAAGAAAGCCAUAGCGAAGUUAGUGAAUUGGAGGUGCCUGCAAUUCUACUAUGUCAAGAAUAUGACGAAGAAUAUUCGAUUCUAAAAGUUCCAUCAUCUCCGCCACGUAGAUUAUCAAGGAGCAGUAUUGACUUAAGGGAUUUAGAGGCGCAACAUGAACGAGAUAAAAUAAUGUCGCAAAAUGUAUCCGAAAGCGUUUCCUCAAUUUAUCAUUGCUUCGAUAAUCAAAUGCUGCGUUAUUCGGGUAGUGAACCUAUAAAUGCUAACAUCGUUGCUCAAGCACUUGAAAAUCAAUUUAGUAUGAAAUCCGCUAACAAAGAUGAUUUGGAUAAGCAACAAAAUUCGACUGAGAGUAAAAGUUCUGUAAAUAAUUUCUCGUACAUGAAUAAUCUAGACAAUUCGUUAACAAAAGAGAAUGACAUGAAUUUGAUAUCUUCGGCGUCAAUAAUCAAAGACAAUCAAGUAAAUAAUGCAAACGGCUGUAGCUUCAACAACAUAAACCUAAAUCAUAAUAAUAGUAAUAGCAACAACAACAAUAAUAUUAUAAACGGUAGUAGCACAACAAAUAACAAUAAUUGUAAUAGUUAUAAUAACAAUCAUAAUAGCAGCAGCAGUAGUUGUAAUGGACUAGGCAAAAAAAGUUUCAAAAAGAAAAAAUUAGCAUCAAGCGAUUCUGAUUUCUUUUCAUUAUUGCGGUAUAAUUCUGAAAAAUUGCGUCGUAUGAAUUGCUUUUCUAUUGGUACAAAUAGCAAUGGCAAUAAACCCAAAAAUAUGAUUUAUGCAUUGAGUGAUUCGGACUUUUUAAUCGGUGUUAGUGAUAAAUCAAAUAAUCUUCAUUUAAAUAAUGAAAGAACAAAUCAAGCAAUAGUGAACAAGAGUGAUAUUUUUAAUUAUUUAAAUAAAAGCUUCGAUCACAAAAAUCUUUUAGAUAAUAAUUUUGCUCAGCACAAUCAGAAAGUGAAAUUAUCGGACGUUGAAUGUAAGAAGCAGUUCGAUAAUCCUGAUUUUUUUAAUGUCGAUAAGCUAAAGAAAGUCUUUGAGGAGAGUAAAAUUGAUUCGGAAAUUUCAAAAGCGAUGACGACGACGACAGAUGACAUGUUGAAUACAUCUGAGAAGCUACAAAAGAAAGAAACGGUCUCACUGCCACCAUUAGUUAAUUCAGCAAGUAACGAUAUAAAAUUGAAAUUGAACAAUAGUCGAAGUAUCGAUACGGUUUUGUUGAACAUUAAGAAUAAUACCGAUAAAUUAUAUACGUUUAAGUUAUUGUAUGAUUUUUCUCCUAAAGCUAUAAAUCAAGAUGAGAGUUUAACAAAAAAUUUAUUAAAGGACGCUAUCCAGCACCAAAAUACAACCGUUGCUGCUGACGCUUCAAAUAUUAAUGCGACUAGUCUACAGGCUAACAAUAAUAAUCUCACAUCGUCGGAUGGUAUUAGUAGUAUAUUAAAGCCUGUUAAUUUAGGUGACAGUAACAGUGUCGUGAAUGGUCAACAAGUAAAUCAAGCUCAGGAUAUUUCAAUUGAGCAAAGUAGCAGCAUAAAGUGUUGUGAUACAAUUCAUCCAAUAUUAUAUUUGGAUGAUAGAACUAUAGUGAAAAGAAAAAGAACACCCUCAAAUGUAACAUAUAACGUGAAUGUCAUCGACUUUCAAACCGAGGACGAUUCAGAUGCCUAUCAUCCUGGGGCAACUGGUGGUGGUGGAGGACAUGAUAGAGGAAAUGGUAAAAGAUCGAAUAGCUCGACAAGUGCUGGAUCAACAAGACCUUCGAAGGGUUGGAGAGCAGAGCAUAAAGCAGCAAGGACUUUGGGAAUUAUAAUGGGCGUUUUUAUACUGUGCUGGCUCCCGUUCUUCUUAUGGUAUGUUAUAACAUCGUUAUGUGGACCAGAAUAUUGCCCCUGCCCUGACAUCGUCGUAGCAAUAUUGUUUUGGAUCGGAUACUUUAAUUCAACAUUAAAUCCCAUUAUUUAUGCCUACUUUAAUCGAGAUUUUCGGGAAUCAUUCAAAAAGACACUCCAAUCGAUUUUCCCAUGUUUCUUAAAGGAUAACUUUAAUUUUUAUGACUCGAAUGUUCAUUAUGUGUAGCAAAACUAUCAAUAACCAUGUUAAAAUCAUACGAUAUAGCCAUAUACAAAAAAUAGAAAGCAUCUUGAAAUGGAUGAAACGAGGGAAGAUAUAUUUACAUAACAUACUUCAUCCACAGCCAAUUCAUAAAGUAUAACUUUUUCCUAUACCGCUCUCUUUUUCCCGCUAUCUCAUUGAAUCACAUCAUUUUCACUAUAAGAAUGAUAGAAAUAUAUGGAAUCUGAAAAUGUUGUGUAUUAUGACUGACACUUAUUAUUAUUUUUAUUGUGUCAUGAAAAUUGUUUUUUGUUACUGACUUAUUAUUAAGAAUAAUUUGAAGUGUCAAGAAAAGUUGUUUCAAUCUUUUUUUCGAAAUGGACUUUGACGAAAAUUAUCGGAAAUUGUCAAUACAAAAUUGUAGAAGAAAUGAUGUUGUGAAUAGUGUUGUAGG